AUGGGUCUCGGUGCCUACAUUGCUUCUCCAGCCGUGGAGGAGCGCUUCGUCGACGAUUUCCGGUCCGGUCAUCUCGAUCGCCACCGCGGCCACCGCCGCAAGAACUCUUCCCAGACCAUCUGCGACGACUUUCCGCAAGGGUUUCCUCCGCCGGACACCAACGGGACCGCCACUAUCUGCGUUGACCGCCGAGGUUGUUGCAAUUUUACUUCGGUGCAGGCUGCAGUGGAUUCGGUCAACAUGAGCACGGAGAAGAGAACAAUCAUAUGGAUCGACAAGGGAAUCUAUCUGUACGGUAUAUCGUUCUACAAACAUGAAUAAUUACCGCAGAAUUACGUCAUAGAUGAACACAUUUAUACGUUCAUAAACCAGUGAGAAGGUGAUGAUCCCAAGUGCCAAGCCCAACAUCACCUUCCAGGGGCAGGGAAUGGAGACAACGGCCAUCGUCUGGAAUGACACAGCCAACUCUUCCGGCAACACAUUCCUCAGCGCCUCCGUCAUAAUUUUCGCUUCCAACUUCGUCGCCAAAAAUAUAAGCUUCAUGGUAAGACUUAGCAAGAGAAUACACCGGUAACCUUUACGAACCAAGGUCGAACCUAGAUAGAUUCAAAUCUAGAUAUAUGCAUGAUCGAUUAUGGAAUGCCAGAAUGUAGCUCCCAUCCCGAAGCCCGGCGACGUAGGAGGUCAGGCCGCGGCCAUCAGAAUUAGAGGGGAUAGCGCCACCUUCUGGGGGUGCGGAUUCUUCGGCGCACAGGACACGCUGCAUGAUGAUAGUGGGCGGCACUACUUCAGGGACUGCUUCAUCCAGGGAUCCAUCGACUUUGUCUUCGGCAAUGGAAAGUCACUCUACGAGGUUAGUCCAAGAAUAGGCGUCAAUCAGAGAGAUAUAUGCAUAUAUAUGCAGGCCAAACCUGACCUUAAAUAUAAAACCAUAUUUCACUCAUCGCCAGGUGGUUUUUGAUUUGAAGCAUAUCUAUUUACUAGCAUCUUGAGGUGUAUCCCUUCUCCCUCCAACCCUGCCACAGAACUGCCAGCUAAGCUCCAUAGCAUCUCCGGUUCCUGCCGGGGAGCGGCUAAUCGAUGGCAGCAUCACUGCCCAUGGGAGGACAGUGGCGUCGGACAACACCGGGUUCUCUUUUGUGAAUUGCUCUGUGGGUGGAACAGGGAGGGUAUGGCUUGGCCGGGCGUGGAAGCCGUACGCUCGCGUGAUCUUCGCCUACUCCUCCAUCUCCGACAUCGUUGCCCCUGAGGGUUGGAACGACUUGAAUGACCCUAGCAGAGAACAGUUAAGUAACCCAGCAACGAUUCUGCUGCUAGUGAAGAGAACUUCACAAUUAGUGAUCGGCGAGAUUAGUUUUCCAAUCUUCACCUUGUCAAGUAUAACUAGCAGAUUAAUAGACUAAUAAAGAAUUUGAAACACGAUAAACUGGCUCUUUUGACAUUAAUAAAGGAGAUUUCCUAGAGAUCAUUAGAAUGGAUCCAAAAGACCUUAGACUCUAGUUUUGCACAUCUCUGGAUGUGAAAGUAUCCAUCCCAUUAAGAUGUUCUUGAGAUAAUCAAUCCUCCAGUUCUCCUGCAUAUGGGGUUUUCAUGAAACAAUCUGACGAUGAUCUUCUUCAUCUUGUCUCCCUGCCAUUGAUCAGGCUCGUUUUCUUUGGGGAAUACAUGUGCAGUGGCCCCGGCUCAAACAUGGCGAUGAGAGUGCCCUACGCGCUGCCGCUAAACCGCACCCAAGCUGCUCCGUUCCUCAACAUUUCUUACAUCGACGGGGAGCAAUGGCUUCAACCCUUCGUCUAA